AUAUUGUUGAUAUCUGCUCCCAAAAGAAAUAAAGGGGAAAAGAAUUUAUAUAUUUCUCUUUUCUUUCUCUUUCUUUAUUCUCUGUUUUAUAUAUAUUCAAAAGAAAAUGGGUUAUUGUAAUCGAUGUGGUGAUAUUAUCAAUGGUACAAAAUGUAGAAAAUGUGGUGGAAAACCUGUUGAAUCUCUUGCCAAAGGUACAAAUGAUCCUAAAGCAUCUGUUGUAGAUCGUUGGCAGAAUCAGUAUGCUAGUAGUAUUUUAUCUGGACCUGAACCAAUGAUCAGUUCAAGUACUCCUCUCAAUAAGAGAUAUUCAAUGGCUAGUUAUGCUUCAAGUUAUAGAACAAGAACUCCAUCAUUAUCUGUACAACCAAAAACUUGUAUUUUAUGCCAUAAAGCUGUACCACUCGGAACUCAACUUGGAAAAGGUGAUUACUGCUAUGAAUGCCGGACAAAGAUAUUUGAUAAAUCUUCAUCAUCAUCAUCAUCAUCACCAAAUACAGAUACAACUCAAACUCAAUGUGUGGUAUGCUCUCAACCUAUCAAUCCAAAUUUACCUAAUAUCCAUCAUCAAGGUCGUACAUGGCAUCCAGAUUGUGUCCGUUGUCAUACGUGUCUUAAACCUUUACCUGAUCCAACAGCUCUUGAUUUACAAGGCAAUUCAAGAUGUCUUUCAUGCCAACAAAAUCAACAAUCAAUGACAUCCCCUACUUCUACUGUUGGAAGUAGUAUUGGGUCUGCAAGCCGUUUUAGUCCUAUUACACGUUCUACACGUAAUGAAAGCUUUGGAAGCGCAACAACUAUUAGUACUUAUGGUGAUAAUGAUGACAACACCUUUUCUCUCAAAAAGAAAUCAGUCGACGGUAUCUCUGCCCUGCCUCGUUUGGAGUCUCAACUUUUCCGCCACUAUCAAAAAUCAGUAAGUCAACAACAACAUUCUGAUUCAUCUGUACCCAAAACUACUAGUCCUUCACCAAUUGUUCGUCCAUUAUCUUCUCAAUCAUCUUCACCAUCACUCUCUUCUUCUUAUAUGCCUUCCAAGUUAUCAACUUCGUCCUCUACUGAUCAAAAGGGACAACAACAACAACAACAACUUCGUCAACGUCGAUCAUCAUUAGCUGGGGACAAACCAUCAUCCAAGAAAAAAACUUGUCGGAAAUGUACUCAAGGUUUCAAUGGUUUUUCCCGUAUUCGUCUUCCUACACCUACUGGUAAUAUUUGGUAUUAUCAUUAUAACUGUUUGACUUGUGCAGCUUGUGAUGGUCAUUUUGACCAACCUGAUUAUGUAUGUGAUGGUAAAGAUGUCUUUCAUUUGCACUGUCGAGCUCCUUCACCACCUCAAUCUGUGUCUCCAUUGUCACCUUUAUCUCCAACAACCUCUUCUGGUUCAACAACUGAUAUCAUAUCACCAUCGUCAUCACCCAUUCCUUCAGCAACAAAAUCAUCAUCAAAUCUUCAAACAAGACAACGUCGUUUAUCAUCAACACCUCUCUUACCUACGGAAUAUCAAUGUCAUACCUGCCAUCUUCCUAUUGAAGAUAAAUGUUUGAAAAAUGGAACUAGAUUUUUCCAUCCCAAGUGUUUUAUUUGUUUCUCUUGUCAUGAAAAUCUACCAUCAGAUAAACCAUUUUAUGAUAUUCAACAGGAAGCUCAUUGUGAAGAAUGUACAAGACAAAUUAUUAAGACUGGAUCACGUUCAAAUAUAUACAAUAACAAAACAGAAAAAACUAAUAAUAAUAGACCAACAUGUACAACAUCAUCAUCAGCAUCAUCAUCUAUAAGGUCUUCAAUUUCACCAUUAUCUCCCUCCAUGUCUUCACCUUUGUUCGCAGACAAUAAUGAAAAAGCGGAGACACCUUCACAUAUUUGGAUGCAUCGAACGAGAGCCUUACCAAAACUUGGAGGAAGUAAAAUCUGUGCUGGUUGUCAUAAGAGCAUUGCUGUCAUGGAGGAUACACCUGGACCAAAAGCAAGUCGAUGGCACAAGAAAUGUUUGAAAUGUACUGGAUGUAAGAAACAAUUGGAUUCAAGUGUUAAAAAAUUGACUGUGGUGAAUGAUAAAUGGUUGGUGCAUUGUAGUGAUUGUUCUGACAAGAAUCCAAGACCACAUUAUGUUAGAUAGACAUUUCUUUUUUUUUACCAUCCAUCCCUAUAUAGUGAUAUGAUUUACUCCACUUU